CACAACGACCGUUGUGAGCUGGCUGCGCCGUGUAUCUCGUUACUAAUUCAUAUUUUUGUGCUUAAUGCGAGCAAAAAGUACGUCGAGGAGAGACUGAAGCUGUUCGCGAAACGAUUAAGGAUUCCACAAAAUGUCAUCUGCACAAGUUGAUCGCCCCACCAAAGUGGGGGGUCACAUUAACAAGAAAGAAAGUGAAAAAUCGAGGAAGACCUUUAGUUCUUCUCAUAAGAAACACAAGCAUGAAGACAAUCGCCAUUUCAAGUUUGGUCGAAAGCGUCUGCAAAGUUUUACUGGCAAUGGUAAAUUCUUUCCUCCAUACAAACGUAGAAAGAAGGAGGGUGCCAUUAUACCCCCGACAAAGUUUUUGCUUGGUGGCAACAUAUGCGAUCCAUUGAACUUAAAUAGCAUGCAAGAUGAGGAAAUAAAUAGAGCUAUGAACGCUGUUACACCUAAGUCCAGUCCCCUUCCCACACCCAGACAUAAAAAAGAGGUUAUCGAAGUGAUUAUACCUCCUAAUAUCUGUGAUCCUCUGAAUCUGAGCAAUUGCAAUGACAAUGAUGAAUAUGAGAAACAGCUAAUCUCUCCAACGAAAAAAGGUUCAAAACGCAGAAACAGAAAGAAAAAACGUACAUCUUCAGGUUCUGGGAAGGAUGAUACAUGCGAUCUACCUGAAACAAAAAAUAAAGAUUGUGAUACAACUGAAGUUACAGAACCUAUGGAACAGACUGCAUCAGAGAAUGUGGAGACAGAACAACAGCAUGUACCAUUAAGCUCUCCACCACCUCAUCAGCCUAAGGAAUCCAAACCAGAAAGCCCACAGAAAGACAAAAACAAAUUGCGUCUGAAAGGUUUGGAAGAACCAAAGGAUAAACGCUUACGGAAAGUUGAUGUGAAAGACAAAAUUGUUAGCCCUGUUAUUCCUCAACCUGGAGCAUGGAAGCCUAGACCGCAACAUCGGCCGAGUCAGGAUAAGAAAAAGAAGCAGACAAUGCCAAAUUUCAGAGAGAAAGAUGCACGUUAUCAGUACGGCAACUACAAUAGGUACUACGGUUAUCGAAAUUCUCACCAUGAUGUGGACACGAGACUGACCGUAUUUGCUCAACGCAAAGAAUUAUUCAUUGGGAAAGACGUUCUCGACAUCGGUUGCAAUGUUGGCCACAUUACUCUGUCCGUUGCAAGAGAUUUCUCUGCUCACAGUGUAUCUGGUAUAGACAUUGAUCGAACACUCAUCAAUAUUGCUCGAAAAAAUAUCAAACACUAUGUCAAUUGUGUACAGUCUCCUGCUGGUAACGAAGACAGUGAUCACCACGAUGUAAACUUCUUCCCAAUGUCUAUGCCGAUCAAUUAUGGACCAGUUGAUAUUCCAGGUUUCACAAAGCACAAGAGUCACAAAGGUUUCCCUUAUAAUGUUACUUUCGUGCAGGGUAACUAUGUGCUAGAAGAUGAUGCUCUUUUGUCUACAGAACAACCACAGUUCGAUACUAUCCUCUGCUUGUCCAUCACUAAGUGGAUACACUUGAACUUCGGAGAUGCGAGUCUCAAGCAAGCCUUCAAACGAAUGUAUGCUCAAUUGCGUCCAGGUGGGGUCCUGGUCUUAGAGCCUCAAGGUUGGAGCAGUUAUACUAGGAAGAAGAAUCUCACAGAACGGAUAUACAAAAAUUAUCAGAGUAUCGAGUUUCGACCUCACAACUUCACACAAUACCUACUAUCCCCCGAGGUCGGUUUUUCCAAAUGCGAGGUACUCUCUAUUCCCCCUCACCCGUCUAAAGGAUUUCAGCGGCCAAUUCAGCUGUACACCAAACCUGGAUCGUCUCAAGACACUGCAGAUGUUUCUACAUCGAAGCGACAAGAACGAGCGAACGAGAAGAGGGAAGAGCUGGAGCGCAGGGAGUACGAGCAGAAACUGUUCCAGAAAAACAGUACUAAACAGGGAAACAUGUCAGAGAUCAGUCAACAGAGCAACGAGUCCAUUUGCCAAUACGAUCAGUUAGAAAACGUCUACGCGCCCAGUACAACACCGUGUUACGACGACACACCUGGUUACAACAACAACGAUAGUCAACCACCAGACGCCUCAAAAAUGUGUUACUUAGACGUCAAUACAGAGAACGAUAAAACAGAGUCGGAGAACCAGGAUGCGACUGAUAAAGUAACCGAAUCGUCCACGGAGAGUACGUCGCGGAAACGAAACUUGGACUUGGUCACUGACGAGGCUGGCACGCUGGACACGAAAAGAUCCAAAAAUGUGGAGAGGGCGGCGUCCGAUUCCAGGCUAAUUAACAAGGGUGAGAGGACUGUGAAAGUUAAGGAAGUACUAAUGUCUCAGACCUCAGUUUCUGUGGACGAUAGUGGAAGCAGAUCGAAGAAGAAGCAAAAAGGAAACGACAAAUCGAAUGCUCGCCCGGCAGUUGAUAGGAAUUCCAAGCAUUGUACAGAGGAUAAACAAGAUACAAGGACGGUGGAGCAAACAGAAAAGGAGAACAGCUCAAGGAGUCCUCGCGAGGAAGGCCAGACAGAGACGAAACGUUGCAAAGUGACCUCGGACAACACGUAAAUUAGUACAUUUGGAACGCUACUCGUGUGGAAAAUGAGCGGUGCUAUCAGUUUUUCCGGCUGUUAGAUUAUCCAUUUACUUGGCCGAU